AUGGCUGGCAUCAAGAUCAAGACGGGCCCGCAGGGUUCCUCCCGUCAGACGCGAACCUACGCGGCCUGCACUCACGUCACGUUGAUCCGCGUCUAUAGCUACCAUCUCCGCUGCGAUUCUUGUGGCAACCUCGGCCCCUUGGGCUGGCUGUACUGUUGUACUCAAGAUCACGAGGAGUUGCUUCGCGAGGCCAUUUGCCGCGGAGAAGAGUGCAAUUUUGACGAGCUGGGCCGUGACAUGGUCAAUACCGUCAAACCCAGACUUCGCGGUCCAGAGCAGCGGGCCACAAACCCAGCCAACUUUCUCGAGGAAAUGUCCCCUGAAUUUAUUGCCAAAACGUACACUAGCGAACAGCUUAUGACCAUCUUCAACCAACUCGACGGCUACUUCUCUUACAUCCACGUCUCCGGCAUUGACAUCCAGCCGAGACACUUCGAGCACUGA